CGGUUCGUGUCUUCGCUAAGGGUACAAAUUCCAGUAAGAUUUCUGUUAAACUUCACUCGAUUUAAACGCACCAAAACUCCAGCACAGUAUUCUUUAGUACUACUGUUGCGCCAUCAUAGCUUAGUUUUUAACACUAAUUGAUCUAUACGAGGGUUUAUCAGAAUGUCCCAAAAAGCUCGAGUUAUUGAUUUAUAUAAAACGUUAUUGCAUCUAGGUAAAGAAUAUCCGGCAGGUCACGAGUAUUUCAGAGAAAAAUUACAUAAAGCCUUUAUGAAAAACAAGGAUGUAACCGACGCAGAAGUAAUAGAAAAGAUGAUCGGUCAUGGAAAGUUCGUCGUUAAAGAAUUGGAAGCUCUGUAUAUGCUAAAAAAAUAUCGAACUCUCAAGAGACGUUAUUAUGACUGAUAUUGUUUCUUGAAAAAUUGUAUAUAGUUUUUAUAAAUAAAGUUUAUUUUGUUAA